AUGGAUUAUGUUCGUCCUCGAUCCGGCUACCAGCCUUGUGAUACCUUCUUCGUUGAGGAGGAUCUGCGAGCCCAGGCCGAGCGACAGGCGAAGCAGGAACAUGAUAAGCUUGUGAAUCGUGAGCGGCAAUAUGCCAUGGCUACUCAGCUUUCUCGUCUCACCAGUGAUGAGUACCGCGAUGAUGCGGUCCAGCACAUGAUGGAAAUGGACAGCCGAACUUUGCCUGAUGUGGAAUCAAUUGAUAUUCAAACGGAAAUUCAGUGGUUCAUGCGUCCCUACCUGCUUGAUUUUCUGAUCGAGGCCCAUACCGCUUUCCAACUCCUGCCUUCCUCCCUGUUCCUGGCGAUCAAUUUGCUGGACCGUUACUGCUCCAAGCGAGUGGUCUACAAACGCCAUUAUCAGCUGGUCGGCUGUGCAGCUCUUCUGAUUGCCGCCAAGUACAAUGAUAAGAAGGACCGGGUUCCUACUGUCAAGGAGUUAAAGUCGAUGUGCUGCUCUCUUUACGAUGAUGACAUGUUCAUCCAGAUGGAAUGGCACGUCCUGCAGACCUUGGGAUGGUCCGUUGGACACCCCACGGUGGACGAGUUCCUCUCGAUUGCCCUGUUGGACGAGCCCUAUGAUGCCGAGGUCGAGCAUAUGGCUCUCUACAUUCUCGAGAUCGCUCUGUUCCCCCGCGAUUUCGUGUCCAAGCUGUCGUCUGAGCUCGCUCGGGCUGCUUUGGCUCUUGCUCGCUGUGUGCUGAACCGCCCUCAGCCCCGUAGCACUGAUUGGGCUGCUCAGUAUGACUCGUCGACCGUCGUGGGACUUUCUCUGCAGAUUCACCAGCCGUCCACUGUUGUGGCCCGGAAGUAUGCUUCAUCCCACUUCUCCAGAGUUGCCAAGAUCAUGGAGCAGUUCCUCAGCCGUCAAGCUACCUUGGCCAGCUACUCUCGCUGCACGCCACCGGUCGAGGCCCCUGCUGACUCGAAGCCCUACAUGGGAGAGAUGGGACUUGCGACUCCUCAAAAGACUCAGCAGUUGAGCGCUGUCGCUCGUGGCUACAUGACCCCGCCCAUCACACCGGAAACCGGUCCUUAUCCCGCGCAGGCUCAAAUGACUGCGAAUCAGGAAAUUGGCCGUGGUGUGACAGCUUCGCACGGCUGUGGUCCAUCUGAUGUCGACACCGAGAUGCAGUAUCUUGCCCCCGAUGGCUAUCACUCGCAGGAAGCUAUGUACCUUCCUCAACAGUCGCACCAGGUGGCAUCCUAUGCCCCUCCGACUCAGAUGGCAAUCGACCCAACAUACGCGCCAAUGAUGUAG